GUGUGCGCAUGGUUUAUUCAUUACUCUGCUCUGACCACGUUGGGUUUUAUUUGCCAUGAACUGAGGGAGGAAAGUCGCAGAGAAUGGGUAUGCUAAGCCGAUGAGGAAUAAAAGUGGAGCUGCUGAUGCUGAAUACCAGUUUUUGAUAUUUCUGCUGAGUCAUGAGUUUAAGGAACAGAGAGUGGCAAUUCCUGUUUCUCAUCUUGGCUGUUGUACUGAAAGCAGUCAGACAGAGCGAGAUUAAGAAGCAAAACAACAGCUUUCUUCUGGAUACCAUUCAAACCAAGACAGUCGUUACAGCAGAGGAUGCAAUUGUCAGGAUUAACCAGCGAAUAUUUCGAUAUGAAAAGCCAUGGAGGAACUUCCUCAUCGAAGGUGACAUUGUCAAACCUCUGUGGAGAAAUGCUGUGGUGUCUGACACCAAGACAUGGCAGAAAUCGCCAGAUGGUGUAGUGAGAAUUCCAUAUGAAAUAUCACAACAGUAUGAUGAGGAAACUUGGAGCUCCAUCAGUCGAGGUUUCAAAGACUUUGAGAAAUUCACGUGUGUACGCUUUGUGCCUCACAGUGAUGAGAAGGAUUUUAUUUCCAUUCAGCCCAUUCACGGGUGUUACUCAUCUGUAGGCCGUGUUGGUGGAAUGCAGCUCAUGUCACUGAAUCACCAGUGCUUGAAGAAGGGGAAAGGUGUUGUUGAACAUGAGAUUAUGCAUGCACUUGGCUUCUGGCAUGAACAUGCGAGGAGCGACCGAGGCAAAUACAUCAAGAUUGAGUGGAAGAAUGUGUGGCCUGGUUAUGAACAUAAUUUCUUGAAACAAAACACCAACAAUCUUGAGACCAAAUAUGAUUAUGGCUCCAUUUUGCACUACAGCAGGACUGCAUUUUCCAAGAAUGGACAGCCAACCCUGAGACCUCUAAUAGAUACAGAUAUUAUGAUUGGCCAGCGAAUCCGCCUGAGUGAGCUCGACUUGUUGAAGAUUAAUCGACUGUACAACUGCACCAUGCACCUCAAAGAUAAGGCCAAUGUUUUGAAACGUCUUCCAUUGCUCAACGAAAGUGGUUCCUUGCGUGAACUUGGAAGAGCCAAAGAAGCAAGGAGAUUAAAACCUCUUUUGGAUAUCUCUCCUGAAACAGCUAAAGUGAGAGUUCACACGCCAGCACAGCUGGUGGUGAGUUUGCGUGGGAAUGGGUCCACAGUGGAUCAAAGUAUGGCCAUUGUGCAUGAAUAUCCCAAAUGCAUUCUCCUACGCAAGUGUGCACCUAUUAGUCGACUGACUAAGUCAGGGCCUGAAGUCUACAAUAUUUCUUUCAUCACAGCAUUCAAGGAAUCAGCAACUGAAGCCUCUGGGGACCAGAGCAGGCCUGUUAGGGCACAGAUUGGUAAAGGAAAAGCUAAGACAUUUCUGCUUUUGCCUUUUGCUCAGAGUCUGAUGACAAACUCAGUGACCACGGACUCAUCUCUGCAUGCAAUGUCUCCUACACUGGCGCAGGGAUCUCUAGCUCAAGGACCUGCACUUUGCCCCAAAACAUGUGUCAGAUGCUGUACCAAGGAACACGUUUUGCAUCCACACAGCCAAAAGCCAACGGAUAAGAUUGAACCAUUGGCAGGAACUCUGCACACAGUUAAAUCUGACACCCAGACUCAAGCGACAGUGUGGUUUCUGGCUGACUUAUUGACCACUGGUCAGCAAGAUCCUCAACCAGUCAGCUGGUCUGACCUACCAGACGCACAUACACAAACCAGCAAUGUUGCUCAUCAAACUCUGCCGUCAGUUGUACUUGUUCCCACUUUGACCAAUUUAAGUUAUUCAUUGAAUAUUCCUGACCUAAUUCCAAACCAGAGCCAUCAAAAAAAAUUACCUUUUCAUUCUCUGAUCACCUGCACACAGAAGAUUGGUCACUUCAAAUCAAUGAAUCCAGCCAGUCAGUUUGAAAUGCCAGCCAGGCCUCUGCAGUCCAGCAUCUCGAUAAAGGAAACCACAGGAGCACCUGAGAUUCUUUUCACAGAGUUUCCCAACAGAAUGGUCACACAGAGAAGUGCACUAGUAGGGUCCUCAUAUGAAAAAAAGAUGCCUUUUCUUCUGAAAACUAGAGGCCAUGCUUGUGGGAACAAGGCAUUUAAUUCACGUGACUUUUUGCUGACAACCGUACCUAAACCGAAGGGCACCCUGCUGGUGUCCACUCCAACUGCAGCGACUCUAGUGGCAUCCACUCGACCUGGUGACAACCUGUUGGUGUCCAUCUCCCCCGCAGACACUCUGCCAGUGUCGACUCCCCCCGCAGACACUCUGCCAGUGUCGACUCCCCCCGCAGACACUCUGCCAAUGUUGACUCCUCCCACAGACACUCUGCCAGUGUCGACUCCCUCCGCAGACACUCUGCCAGUGUCGACUUCCUCCGCAGACACUCUGCCAGUGUCCACUCCCCCCGCAGACACUCUGCCAGUAUUCACUCCCCCCGCAGAGACUCUGCCAGUGUCCACUCCCCACGCAAAGACUCUGCCCGUGUCCACUCCUGCCACAGAUGCCCUGCCAGUAUUCACUCCCCCCGCAGAGACUCUGCCAAUGUCAACUCCCCCCAGACUCUGCCAGUGUCGACUCCUCCCACAGACACUCUGCCAGUGUUGA